AUACAAAGAAAUUCAUAAAUCUUACACUUCCCUACAUUACCAAUUUCCUCCACCUUUGAAAAAACCAAAUACCAUGGCCUUUAAUGUGUAUACUAUUGAAUCGCUUGAUUCAAACGAAUCUAUU